UGCUUUUCUCUCUCUUGGCACAGAUUGCGGUGGUCACGGUCACCCUAAAGGAAGGGUCUGUGAGCUGGGAUUCUCUCCUUCCACUCCCCCUCACACACACACACUCCCUCGCAUAGACACUCUGCAGAAUGAGGGAAGCCUGGAGGUGCUUGCUGGGACUGUGCCUCCUGGCACGCUCUGCCUCCCCCGCCUCCCCCCACGGUGCCGCCAACCCCUUUGCUGGGCAACAGAUACCCCCAGAUCCCUGCUACGAUGACGCAGGCGCCGCCCGCCGCUGCAUCCCCGAGUUCAUCAACGCCGCCUUUGGCAAGGAGGUGGCCGUGUCCAGCGUGUGCGGCUGGCCGACGUCGUCGCGCUCUUGUAGCAUGGUGGAGCACGGUGAGGAGCGGCCUUCAGUGCGCACCUGCCAGAUCUGCGACGCAGCGGACCCAUGGCGUGCCCACCCGCCCUCCUACCUCACCGACCUCAACUCGGCCCACAACCUCACCUGCUGGCAGUCGGAGAAUCUGCACACCUCGCCAAACAACGUCAACCUCACCCUGUCGCUGGGAAAGAAGUUUGAGAUCACCUACGUCAGCUUGCAGUUCUGCUCGCCCCGCCCAGAGUCAUUGGCAAUCUACAAGAGCAUGGACUAUGGCAAGAGCUGGACGCCUUACCAGUACUAUUCGUCCCAGUGCCGGCGCAUGUACAACCGGCCUAACAAGGCGGCCAUCACAAAGCAGAAUGAGCAGGAGGCCCUUUGUACCGAUGGCCACACUGACCUCUACCCACUUUCCGGAGGGCUCAUUGCCUUCAGCACUCUGGACGGGCGGCCCUCCGGGAAAGACUUUGACAACAGCCCUGUGCUCCAGGACUGGGUAUCAGUCACCGACAUCCGUGUGGUCUUCAGCCGGCCACAGCUGCCCCGCGAAAUAGGGACAGGAGAAGGGGCAGGGAUAGGCGGGGGAGGCCAGCCGGACGAGGACCCAAUGGUACCGUCCACGUCUCUGCCGGCGUACUUCUACGCGGUGGGGGACUUCCAGGUGGGCGGGAGGUGUAAGUGCAACGGGCACGCCUCACGCUGCCUCAAGGACAAGGAGGGCAAGCUGGUGUGCGACUGUAAACACAACACGGAGGGGCCCGAGUGCGACCACUGCAAGCCCUUCCACUGCGACCGGCCGUGGCAGAGGGCCAGCACCCGUGAGGCCAACGAGUGUUUACCGUGUAACUGCAACCUGCACGCCCGGCGCUGCCGCUUCAACAUGGAGCUGUACAAGCUGUCAGGGAGAAAGAGUGGAGGCGUGUGCAUGAACUGUCGCCACAACACGGCUGGACGCCACUGCCACUACUGCAAGGAAGGCUUCUACCGGGAUAUGUCCAAGUCCAUCACACACCGCCGCGCCUGCAAAGCCUGUGACUGCCACCCGGUGGGUGCGGCAGGGAAGACAUGUAACCAGACGACGGGCCAGUGCCCCUGUAAGGACGGCGUGACGGGCAUCGCCUGCAACCGCUGUGCCAAGGGCUACCAGCAGAGCCGCUCGCCCGUGGCCCCCUGCAUCAAGAUCCCAGUGGUGAACCCUACAGCCAUGGUCAGCAGCAGCACAGAGGAACCGGCAGCAGAUUGUGAGUCAUAUUGCAAACCAGUGAAAGGGAAUCUGAAAAUCAACAUGAAGAAAUACUGCAAGAAAGACUAUGCGGUGCAAGUCAACGUGCUGGAAAUGGAGACGGUGGGCGACUGGGCCAAGUUCUCUGUCAGCGUGGUGUCUGUCUACAAGAGCCGUGGCGAGCCACUCAAACGGGGCGACAACGUCCUGUGGAUUCACAUGAAGGACCUGGCUUGCAAGUGUCCAAAAAUCCAGAUGAGCAAGCGCUUCCUGGUUAUGGGCACUAGCGAGACCGGGCCUGGGGGUUCUGUGCCUGGGAGUUCCAGAGCUGGACCAGGGGCCAUAGGGGCCACUGCAGGAGCAGAGCGAAUAGGGCUCCUGGCCGAUAAGAACAGCCUGGUCAUCCAAUGGAGAGACAUUUGGACACGGCGCCUCCGGAAGUUCCAGCGCAAAGAGAAGAACGGCAAGUGCAGCAAAGCAUGAUGGGAGAGAGAGCAGCACAUCCCAUCCAACACCACCCCCCACCCAUUCUCCUACCCCCCCAUGACCCCUUCCUAGCUCUCAGCUAGUUCACAAACACGACCCCAUCCCCGACUCCCUAAAAACCCUGAACCCCAAAGCGGGGACACUGCACAUUACAGAGACUGCAUGUAUUUUGCCUGUUUAAGGACCACUUUGUGUAUAUUAUAUAACUACUUCAUUUUUAUUUUGUGCUUUAAUCAUGGGACUCUUAUCUAUUGGUCUGCCUUAAAAAGGGACCAUUAAAAAGGGUACGAAAUGACAACGACAGCAAAAAUGUCCACUCUUGCCCCACUCACAACCCCCCCACCCCCCCUUCAGACUGCUUUAGUCCCCCUCCUGUCACCAUCUUUUAGUGUUUUGAAACUAUCAGAGUUCACAUUUCCGUUCUUGUACCAGGAGUAUUUAUGAAGCUCGGAUAAUCGGAGAGAGAGAGACUGAUUUUUUUGUGUUGUAGCAAAGUCCCUCAUGCAGGCUGCAACCAAUGAAAAGAAAAACUGCACAACCUCAGCUCGUCUGCCUACUCCACCACUGUUUCACUGUCUCUAAACCCCCACCUUGUUCUACGCAACUGAGAUUACUAGCCUAGAGAGGCCAUUUUGCCUUGUACUCUUAUUCCAUAUGUUAAGAUAUGUAGACAUCAACUCUCUGCAGUAGCAUCUCUGGACCAGACCCCACAACGGCUGCAUCCUCGUCCACAGAGGAUCGUCACCACAACAAGGGCUGUCCCCACAGGGGCCUUCUCCACCUCCAAACCUCACUUUUACCACCACUGCCAUUGCAGUAUAUACAUAACUUCAGACAGAGGCACCUGCUACACUCUAGUCUACACGCUACAGCUGUUGACAAUGACCCCACCACUCUCUCACUGGUUCUACAGAUCCAGUCAUAGACAGACAGUAAGACUGCUUAGAGACGGACUAACUCUAAACUCUAAUAUUGUUUCUCCUUUAUUCUAUAUUCAUGUAAUUCUGUUCUCAGAUUCCUAUACUCCUACCGACCCACUGUCUCACUAUCUAAGUGAAGUCCCAGAAACCAUGCAACCCCCCCUGCCAGCCCUCACACCAUGAGCAGGAAAUUGAACCAUGCAUCAUUAUCUGACUAAAUAUAUAUAUUAUUCUUUUUUUAGAGAGGGAGAGAGAGACUCCAGCAGAGUGGAAAGUAGCCCGCUUCACAACAGAACAACAGCCAAUACCCCAAACUUCAAGAGGAUAUUAUGCAUAAUGUCUUCCUGUGUUAGUUGAUAAAAAGGUCACAUGUCAUUGUGUGACCAAUAUGUUUAUUAUUUCUGUCUUUCUCUUUUUCUACCACUUUUGACGAUGUGUCCAAUGACGGGCUAGGGAUCGUUUGCCAAGAGAAGAGCUCAAAACAAAGAGUGCCAUUUCACGAAGUAGAGAAAAAGGUUUAGCUCUACCUUUUCAACUGUAGCUUUUUGACAAAAGAGUCCGGAAACAUCUAGGCGACAUGUUUUUUGUACAUUUGCAUGUUUGUGGUUUUGCUGGUCUGUCCGAUGCAAAGAAAAAAAGUUACAAUAAGCAGAGCAAGGAAUUAACAAAUGUUAACAUCACAAUCCAGAGGAAACACCCUUCGUCAUCUUGCCGACACCUGACCCCUCUCUUCUGUUGCCAAUAAUGCAUCGGGCUGUGCCUACAUUUAAUCAAGAAAAUGAGAAAAUCAGUCCAGAAACGAAACCACAAAGGAACGUCUGUUUGCUCUUAAUGCUGAUGUUUGUCUUUGACCUUACUUCAUUUAUUUAAAAAGAGUGUACAACGUAAAGAAAUUGUUAUGGGGUCAUUCUAGUGAGCAGUAAUGUAAUGCUAGUGGUUGGUUGGCUGCAGUACUAUGUUUAGUUUGUCACAUUUUCAAGCCCCUCAGAAGUGUCUCUCCCUCUCUCCUUGUCAGGCCUCUGUUCCUUUCUGUUCCGUAACGUGUGUUUCUGUGUCUUAGAUAAGUGACAGAAGUCAGCUGCAGUCCUUAUUAAGUGGUGUAGGUCCUGUUUCCAUUUAGAGUUUUCCACACUGAGUGUACAAACAUGCAGGCUCUUUCCAUGCAGGUGAAAGCUAUGCUCCCUUGUUGAUGUCAUUUGUUCAAUACACUUCAAUCAGUGUAGAAAGGAUAAAGAAGGAUUUGGAGGCCCUGAGAUAAUUGAAACGGAUUGUGUGCCAUUGAGAGUGAAGACAAAAUAUUUCAGUGCCUUUGAACGGGUUAUGGUAAUAGGAGAUAGACGCACCUGUUUACGUGUGCCAAGAACGGUUUUUUCAUGCUCAACAGUUUUCUGUGUGUAUCAAGAACGGUCCACCACUCAAAGGACAUCCAGCCAACUCCAUACAACUGUGGGAAGCAUUGGAGUCAAAAUGGGCGAGCAUCCUUGUGGAACGCUUUUGACGAAUAGAGUCCAUGCCCCGACAAAUUUAGGCUGUUUUGAGAGCAAAAGGGGCUGCAACUCAAUAUCAAAAAUAUGUUCCUAAUGUUUUGUACACUCAGUGUCUAUAAAUGAGACGAUGCCAACUGUAAAAACUACAUACAGACACAUGGUAUGAUUGUACUUUCUUCUGAGAUCAUGUUGUUGCAGCGAAGAAUGUUUACUAAAUAUUGUCAGUCCAAAAAAGCUGAAUGGAUUUAGAAUUUGUUCACACAAAUUGUGUCUGUCUAGACUAAGUUUUAUGGGUAAUGGUUGUGGGUCCUCCUUCAUACACUAUAUAUACAAAAGUAUGUGGACACCCCUUCAAAUGAGUGGAUUUGGCUAUUUCAGCCACAUCCAGUGCUGACAAGUGUAUAAAAUUGAGCACACAGCCAUGCAAUCUCCAUAGACAAAAAGGGCCUUAAUGAAGAGCUCAGUGACUGUCAACGUGGCACCAUGAUAGGAUACCACCUUUCCAACAAGUCAGUUAAUCAAAUUUCUGCCCUACUAGAGCUGCCCCUGUCAACUGUAAGUGCUGUUAUUGUGAAGUGGAAACUUCUAGGAGCAACAAUGGCUCAGCCGAAAGUGGUAGGCCCCACAUGCUCACCGAACGGGACAGCCGAGUGCGGAAGCAUGUAACGCGUAAAACAUGUCUGUCCUGGGUUGCAACACUCACUACCGAGUUCCAAAGCAACGUCAGCACAAGAGCUGUUCUUCGGAAGCUUCAUGAAAUGGGUUUCCAUGGCCGGCCGAACAGCUGCACACAAGCCUAAGAUCACCAUGCGGAAUGCCAAGUGUCGGCUGGAGUGGUGUAAAGCUAGCCGCCAUUGGACUCUGGAGCAGUGGAAAAACGUUCUCUGGAGCGAUGAAUUGCACUUCACUAAAAGGCAGUUCGACGGACGAAUCUGGGUAUGGCGGAUGCCAGGAGAAUGCACCUGUCCCAAUGCGUAGUGCCAACGAUAAAGUUUGGUGGAGUAGGAAUAAUGGUCUGUUUUCAUGGUUCGGGCUAGGCCCCUUAGUUCCAGUGAAGGGAAAUCUUAACACUACAAUGACAUUUUAGACGAUUCUGUGCUUCUAACUUUGUGACAACAAUUUGGGGAAGGCCUUUUCCUAUUUCAGCAUGACAAUGCCCCGUGCACGAAGCGAUGCCCAUACAGAAAUGGUUUGUCAAGAUGGGUGUGGAAGAACUUGACCGGGCCUGCACAGAGUCCUGACCUCAAUCCCAUCAAACACCUUUGGGAUGAAUUGGACCAUUGACUGCAAGCAAGGCAUAAUCGCCCAACAUCAGGGACCUCACUAAUGCUCUUUAGCUGAAUGGAAGCAAGUCCCCACAGCAAUGUUCCAACAUCUAGUGGAAAGCCUUCCCAGAAGAGUAGAGGCUGUUAUAGCAGCAAAGGGGAACCAACUUCAUAUUAAUGCCCAUGAUUUUGUAAUGAGAUGUUUGACAAGCAGGUGUCCACAUUCUAUUGGUAAUGUAGUGUAUGUAUCAAUGUUUGCGUCCUACGAUGUUAGUUCAACAUUUAUGUAGCACAGUGCUUUGAAAACCUAUCCAAAACCUAUCCAUAACCAAAGUGAACUAGGUUGUUUUCCGUAAAUGUUGGUGUAAUACGUCACUGUAUUUCUUAGAACAGUAACGAGGUCAGACAGAACCACUGACAUUUCCAAGUAGAAGUAAAGGAAUUCCCAGAGAUGGAGUUUCACAAAAAUGCAGAACCAAAUCAUCUGAUUAUUCAUGUAUUUCCGUCCAUGACAAGCUGUCUAACAGGUGUUGCUACAGUAGCCACUAUUUCCUGGCCUGAUAUAUGGGGAUAGCGUUGGCAGGUUUGAUGGAUGUCCAGAACCCCUCUCAGACUCCACCCGUAACUAACCUGCUUCCUCACAGGUUUAUACUGCACUGUCUACAGUGCCUAGCUGCUCAAGUAUGAACUUCAACACUUCAUCAUAUAGCCUGGUCCCUGAUCUGUUUGUGCUGUCUUGCUAACUCCUAUGGUAAUUUGCCAUAGGAGUUGGCAAGACCCCACAAACAGAUCUGGGACCAGGCUAUAAAUCAUAUCCAGCAUGACAAAUAUCACUACAUUCAGUUUCCAUUUUCUUCCUUUUUGAUCUGCGCCACCCUGAAUAUUGGACUAGAGAUACUGUAACGAUCUUCAAUAAACCCUGCCGAUGUUUAGAAAUUGAAACGUGCCCCUCGCGAAAGCCAUUUUGCAGUCUUCAUAGGGUGAGUCACCCCGUUGUUUUACGUUAACAAGCCCAACAGCUUGGUAGUGGAACCGGGGUCCACUACCGAGCUGUUUGUUUUGGUUUUGUCUUUGUUUUUCCUUUAGCAGUAUUUAUAAUGUCCACAGGUAGGUGUGUGUGUGUGUGAGAGUGAAAGAGAGCGAGGGUGUGUGUGAGAGCUUGAAGGGAGAGCGAGAGAAAGUGUGUUUGUGAAUGAAUGUGUUCGUUAAUACCUUCGUUAGUACCUUUUUAAAACAAAGAGAUAUACACACACAUGGAAAGUGAGGAAAAGUGAGUUAAGGUUAAAAAGGUUGUAGGAGAGCGUUUGCCCAUUGGGGUAUAAUAUGGAAAUACGUACUGAACUGACCAUACUUUUUCUGUCAUUGUCUUUGCUCAGCCAAUUCCUGACCUAACAAGCCAGAGAGACAAACUAAAUGAUUAUACAUACAACAUUUAGGUACAUAUCCAAGCCCAAAAUGAUUGUGACCACAACAGUAGACCUACUGCCACCAGGUGUUAUUUAAGCAAUAAGGCAUUAGGGGGUGUGGUAUAUGGCCAAUAUACCACGGCCAAGGGCUGUUCUUAGCACGACACAACGCGGAGUGCCUGGAUACAGACCUUACCCGUGGUAUAUUGGCCAUAUACCACAAAGCUCCCAAGGUGCCUUAUUGCUAUUAUGAACUGGUUACCAACGUAAUUACAGCAGUACAAAGAAAUGUUAUGUCAUACCUGUGGUAUACAGUCUGGUAUACCACGGCUGUCAGCCAUUCAGCAUUCAGGGUUCGAACCAUAAGACUACUUAUGAAAUAUGUGAAAUCUUGCUCAGGGUCAUUCAGUGAAAUGCUGCCUCCCCUUUCCUCCUCAUGACGUUCUGGCCACAGAGUUAACGUAUGGUGCACUACUCACACAGACAUUGUCCAUCUGCCUUGGGGUGUUGCCUUCCGCCCCAUGCACCCCCCUUUCAUCACUUGUGUUACUAUGAAGUCUUCCUUAUACAUUUUCCUCUGAUGCAAUGACCACUGACUUUAAAUAGUAAAUGACAAAAUAAAUUAUUAGUU